CAAACACACACACUUCACCACCGUAGCAAAUAGGAUUCCUUCGCAUGUAUUGCCACCAGUCUUGAACGAUAAACUCGCCAAGGUACCUACCGUCGUUAUGAGCCCCCAAGCGCAGACCAUCCAAACAAAUUCCAAUAGCAAAUGAGCAUUGUCUCAAGCGGUCCUGUAGCGGAUCCGGGCGAUGGGAAACACCGAGAGCAAUGUGGCCAGUGGUGUCAAGAAACAGGUGGACACCUCUUCCACACAGAUCUACAAUCUUGUGGAUCUGAAAGGAGGCGGUUUGCUGGUAGACUUGAUUAAGCGAGCUGUGCAAACCAAGCAAUUCGCCGAAUUAGACUAUGCCAUUAAAACCAAGGUUGAACCUUUAUUGUACAACAAAGGAGAGGGCAGGAAGAUUCCUAUUGCAAAAUUGGUGCUACUCAGGAACCGAGACAGGUCCAGAGCCAAACAGCUCCCACACUUGAAAGCCCUAGAAGACCCGAACGAUUACGAAAUCGAUAAAGACAUACCGACAUUGGAGGAACUGGAGAAACUUGGUGAAGUGCAAUACCGGGAAGUGUGUUGGGACCUGAAAGAACGAGGCGCAGUCGGUGAAACGGUGAUGCAUUUGUGCCUGUUGAACGCCACUUCCAUACAUGCGGAUCUGGCGAAACGGUUGCUACAAUUCUAUCCGAAACUGGUCAACGACAUUUACAUGGUCGACGAAUACUACGGCGAAAGUGUACUGCACAUAGCCAUCGUCAACGAAGAUCCGGCCAUGGUCAAGGUGCUGAUGGACAGCGGUGCCAACUUAAACGAACGAUGUUUCGGUAACUUCAUGUGCCCCGAAGAUCAAAAGGCCUCUCGGUCAGAUUCGCUGGAUCACGAAUGGGUAAACGUCUGCCCAGAUACCAAUUACGAAGGGUAUGUUUAUUGGGGUGAAUACCCACUGUCGUUUGCCGCAUGCUUGGGACAGGAAGAGAGUUACCGCUUGAUGUUGGCUAGAGGCGCCGACCCCAACAACCAAGACACCAAUGGAAACACGGUCUUGCACAUGCUCGUCAUCUACGAAAAAAUUUCGACCUUCGACAUGGCUUACGAGAUUGGGGCGGAACUUAACAUUAGAAACGUUCAGAAUCUGACGCCUCUCACGUUGGCAGCGAAACUGGCUCGAAUCCAGAUUUUUUUCCAUAUACUCAACAUCGAACGAGAAAUUUACUGGCAAAUCGGCAGUAUUACAUGUGCCGCCUAUCCUCUGACUCAGAUAGACACCAUCGACAACGACACAGGACUAAUAAGUAAAAAUUCUGCGCUGAAUCUGGUCGUCUUUGGGGAAAGCCCGGAACAUUUAGAGAUGAUGGACGGUGUUUUAGUGGACUUGUUGAAUGCCAAAUGGAAUGCGUUCAUUAAAUUCCGGUUUUACAGGCAAUUUUUUCUUUUCGCUUUUUACUUCUCCAUAUCAAUGGUUUGCUUCGUGCUACGCCCGGGCCCACCGCCAAGUGGUCUUAAACCGCCGUUGAAUAAUUACACAUCGUCCACGACCACGGCGACGACUCCGAUGGAUUUUAUGGACAAUGAAACCAUACCCGAGAAUGUUAUCUAUGACGAAAUUGUCGAUGUAACCGAUCUCAGUUCACUGACUACCGUGUUCAAUACCGAAACAACCACCGCGAUGAUGUCACUGGACAACACGACUGAAGCGAAAGAUCUGAACGACACGUUGGUCUUUUCCGGCAAAUCUCGACCAGCUGAUACAGUAAGUCUUUUCGGAAAAGGUUCUAGCUCCGAUAGAGGAAAGCACAGAAAUUGGGACACGGCCAACAGAAACGGUACCAAUAAUACCAACAACUACAACAAGACGAAAAAGUAUUGGUGGAACAAAAGGCAAAGAAUUUGCAGGCUCUUGACUGUCCAUGCUACCGAUGACUUGAUUCGAAUGGGUUCAGAAGUUGCCAUGUUCGUAGGUGCAUUCCUUUACUUGUUAGCCGCUGUCCGAGAAGCCAGCUUUUUGGGACUUCAGAUGUUCAUCGAAAACUUGGCGAUAGCACCGGCAAGGGUGAUGUUUUUGUUCUCGUGUCUUCUGAUGAUGACUAUACCGCCGUUGAGGUUUACGUGCUACGAUAAAGCCGAAGACAUUAUAGCGGUAAUCAUCAUGUUAACUACUUGUCCGUACUUUUUAUUCUUCUGCAGAGGUUUCAAGACUGUCGGACCUUUCGUGGUCAUGAUCUACAGAAUGAUUAUCGGAGAUCUACUGAGGUUCGUGUCCAUUUAUAUGGUGUUCGUCAUGGGUUUUUCGCAAGCUUAUUAUGUGAUAUUUCUAUCGUUCGACAACCCGUACACCCCGGACAACAUCGACGACACCGUAGAGAACCCAAUGCCGUCGCCCAUCGAGUCCAUCAUGGCCAUGUUUCUCAUGUCGGUCAACGCGUUCUCAGAGUAUUAUCAGGCUUUCGACAAGACCAGUCACACUUUGGUGGCGAAGUUUUGCUUCAUCGUUUUCAUGGUGAUCGUGGCGAUUUUGUUGGUCAACAUGUUGAUCGCCAUGAUGGGUAACACAUAUCAAAAGAUUGCAGAGACCAGAAACGAAUGGCAGAGACAGUGGGCCAGGAUAGUGUUGGUGGUAGAAAGAGGUGUAAGCCCGUUGCAAAGGCACAAAAAUCUGUUGCGUUAUUCUCAACCCAUGUCGGACGGUCGUAGAGCAUUGAUCCUGCGACUUAACCAAACGGACGAAGACAAAGAACGAAUGAAAGAAAUAUUGGAAAUGAAACGCAUUCACGACAGGUACGUGGAAAGAAUGAAAGCUCGAGAUCUGAGCACCAAGCUGUCGUCGUCGUGCGCCAAAAGCGACGCGGCCAAGAAAAAACCGAAAUAAAACGAUAACGUCCUGUGUGUCUACAUAAUAUCGAUAAUAUUAGUUUACUGGGGAUUAAUUAUGUACAUGAAACCGUAUUGUGCCGAUAUAUAUAUUUAUAUAUACAUAUACGUAUUACAUACAAUUUUAUAAC